CUGUUUGAUACAGACCGGAAGUAUGGUUUGUAGUUUUGUAGUUCACAGACAAAGGCUUUAUAAUUCUAAACAUUAACAUUCUGUUCAUAGCAGUUCUAGCAUCCACUCAUCUGGGAAUGCUUGUAAGCUCCAUCUAUCACGAGAAUAUUUGUCCUCAAGUUCAUUUGAGAAGCAACAUCAUCAGUGCAAAUACACGAAUGCAGCAUUCGCGUUAAUGCCUGGAAGGAAUUGUACAUAGGUUUGUCACGCUGACACGAGUCUUAAAGAUUUUGAAGAUUUGAAGAAACAUACCUCUAUCGAGAUCGAGAUGAAGUUUGAUGCUAUCUUGGGUGAGAUAGGAGAGUUUGGUCUCUAUCAGAAGUUGGUCUACUAUGCUCUAUGUAUUAAUGGCGCCACUGUAGCUUGUCACAUGCUAGCUCAAGUCUUCUUGGCCGGUCACAUGUCACAUUCAUGUAAGGUGUCAGCAUGGGACAAUGAGGAUUGUAGUAGAUGGGACUACACGGCAGAACAAUGCAUGGAAGCCAAACAUAACGCUAGUGUACCCUUCAACUACACAAAAGAAGAUAACAUGUUCCAGUGUUAUAAGUAUGGUAUCGUCGAUGAGCUGGACUUCCACCCUGGUCUAGAUCCUGAGAAUUACAAUAACACUGAUCUCAUACGAUGUAAUCAAGGAUGGGUCUACGAUAAAUCCCAAUACAAGUCUUCCAUCAUUUCAGAGUUUGACUUGGUAUGCAGUCAUAAAGAUCGUGAUAGUCUAGCACAAUCGCUCUUCUUUGUUGGUGUUCUGAUCGGUUCUGUGGUGUUUGGAGGUCUCUCUGAUAUAUACGGACGUCGCAAGAUUCUUUUCGUGGCAUUAUUGGUGCAGAGUGUAAGCGGUCUAGCUAUCGCCUUCUCACCUAGCUACUGGUUCUAUACCAUAUUCCGUAUGAUCUUGGCUUCAGCUAACAUGGGGGUCUUUCUUCUCUCAUUCAUCAUUGGAACGGAGUUUGUAGGUCCAAGUAAACGGGUGAUAGCCGGUAUCGUCAUCAUGAUUUUUUUCUCCAUUGGAUACAUGCUACUUGCUCUCUUCGCCUAUUUCAUUCGUGAAUGGUGGAUUUUACAGUUAGCCAUCACCGCACCUAUCUUCAUCAUGUUUGCUUUCUUCCCGUUUCUUCCAGAGUCUGUUCGUUGGUUGAUCAGUAAGGGUCGUACUGAGGAAGCUACUAGGAUCAUUAAGAAAGCAGCUGAUGUGAACAAAGCUAAGCUACCUGAACCCAUCUUCACCCCAGAAGAUAUCAAAGAACAGGAAGCAGCCGCUACUGGACGACAAGCUACAGCCAUCGAUCUCUUCCGCACGCCAAACCUCAGGAUUCGAACACUCAAUCUCAUGUUCAACUGGUUUGUGAACACGCUGGUAUAUUAUGGACUCUCUCUGAGUACAUCCGAUCUAGGUGUGAAUGUCUACAUUGCUUUCUUCAUCUCUGGUGCUGUGGAGUUUCCUGCGUACAUCAGUUGUAUCUUUGCUAUUGAAUACUUUGGACGCAAGUGGAGUAUGUUCGGUUACAUGGUUGGUGGCGGUAUCGCAUGUCUAUGCACCAUCUUUACACCCAUUGGAGCCUGGCGUACAACAGUGGCGAUGAUUGGAAAGUUUGGUAUCUCAGCGUCGUUUGCGAUCGUCUAUAUCUACUCAGCUGAGCUUUUCCCCACACCUGUCAGGAGCGUUGGUGUAGGUAUAUGUUCAAUGAGUGCUCGUAUUGCCGGAAUCUUAGCUCCCAUCAUCCUUCUAUUGGAUGAUACGUGGGAACCUUUCCCAGUUCUCAUAUUCGGUGUGAUGUCGAUAGCCGCUGGUCUUCUUGUUCUCUUCUUACCCGAGACUCGCGGGGAGCAGCUCCCUGAGACACUGGAAGAAGGAGAGAUGUUUGGAACCAAACCGAAGGAAUAUGAGGUGAAGACAGAGCCGAGGUUCCAAUACAAGAACGAUGCAAACAGCGGCGUCAUCAAUCAGGCAUUCGACCAGGAAAUCGAACAAGGAAAAGUGAUAUCUUAAAGGAUAUCAUUGGGGAUGCUAGUCAUAAUUUCAUAUAUUCAUGAUAUCAAAUGAUCUUACUAAUCAACCAUCAGUCAUGUUUACAAACUCAAAUAAUUCAAAUUGUAUUGAUUUCAAUCCAAACAAUCCUCCUCUAAUAAAUAUGUCAUGCUUGUUGACAACCAUGGCAAAUAAAUCAUAAAUCAUAAAUCAUUUAUUACAUCCACCCAUAAAUGAUAUAUGAUUAUCAAUAUUUGCUAUAACUGUGAAUCACAUGUUGUAAAAACUUUUAUGGUGAAUGUAUAAUAUCUAAUGUUCAAAAAAUAUGGUGAGUAGCAAAAUUAAGCAGCAUUCAUUCUUAGUGUCAUACUUUUGUUGUGUUGUAAUGGUACCUUCAUGAUUUGAGCUGAAUUAAUCUUCUCAUAUUGACUUCCGUACUUACAUACCAUUUAAUAGCCGUCCUUUUCAAUUAACUUCAGUACACAGCGCGCGGCGGCUUCACGUAAUUUUAGUACAACUCGAAGGAGUGAAAAGAAAUCUUUUUAUUUUAAUACACUUAACAGGAUAGAAACUCAAUUCCGAAGAAGUUUAAUCUGGAACAUGCUUACUUUGUUUUGAUAUUUCAGGAUUCAUCCAUCGCAUAUAUUUCUAUAAUUAAGACUGAAUUACACACUAUCAUGUACAUGUAUGGACAUCUCGCUUGGUUAUUUAACAUUAUAGAUAAGAUGAAAACUUAUAUUGAGGAACUUUGGAAGUCUCGUCUGCUAAUAGAACAAUAUAUCUAAAAUGCAACAAAAAAGAAAUGUGUCUCACCAUACUCCUAACCCGACCUAUGUAAUCCUAUAUUAAAAAGAAGAAAUGUGUCUUACCAUACUCCUAACCCGACCUAUGUAAUCCUAUAUUAAAAAGAAGAAAUGUGUCGUAUCAUACUCCUAACCCGACCUAUGUAAUCCUAUAUUUAAAGAAAUUAAAACUAAUAUAAUAACAGCAAAUGAACAUGGAUUGUUGUUACAUUGAUGAUGUUCGAAUAAUAACAUAUUUGCCCAAACAUACACUGAGAUCUCUAUCAUCGUUAAACUCUUACAUUUCUUUAGCUCGAUUCCCUUAUUGGAACUUUAAAAAUGUGUCAUUUGCCGAUUAAUAGAGUAGUCAUGCAGUAGAGAUUAUAAGGGGGUGGGGUAGUAUAUAGCGAGAUAUGUGUUGGAAGAAUAUCAGAUAUUCCGAUAUGAUGUUAAACUUGGUCGGGAUCCCUCUCCCUUCCUGUUUACUGUUGCCUAUAAAGUUGGAAUAUUUUUAACCUUUUUCAUGAAAAGAUAUGUAACAGGAUUAUUUUAUUAUUGAUAGAUGAAGUGAAGUUAUAUCUUUAAAAGCUUUUUUUAUCAUUGUCCAUGACUCUUCAGGUUGACCAAUGAAGUUCUAAGAAGAUAUAAACUUCAUCAAUCAAGAAUAAAUCACAUUAUCAUCAUCCUUACAUGAGAAGAUGUCAGAACACUUAUUUCAACUUUAUAGUCAACAGCGUAUUUGGGUGUUUUAUGUGUUGUUAUAGAGGAUAUAGAUUAUCAAUAAAUCGGAUUUGAUUUUAAAAUGAA